AUGAAGGUUGAAAUUGACUCCUUUUCCGGUGCUAAGAUCUACCCAGGUAGAGGUACCUUGUUUGUCCGUGGUGACUCCAAGAUCUUCAGAUUCCAAAACUCCAAGAGCUCUUCUUUGUUUAAGCAAAGAAAGAACCCAAGAAGAAUCGCCUGGACCGUCUUGUACAGAAGACACCACAAGAAGGGUAUCACCGAGGAGGUCGCCAAGAAGAGAUCCAGAAAGACCGUCAAGUCUCAGAGAGCCAUCGUUGGUGCCUCUUUGGAGUUCAUCAAGGAGAGAAGAUCCUUGAAGACUGAGGUCAGAAAGGCUCAAAGAGAGGACAAGAAGAAGGCCGACAAGGAAAAGAGAAAGGCCGAGAAGGAGAAGAGAAAGGCUGAGAAGGCCAAGUCUGCCGGUGCCCAGGGCGCCAAGGUCUCCAAGCAACAAGCCAAGGGUGCUUUCCAAAAGGUUGCUGCCUCUUCCCGUUAA